AUGGAUAAUAUUAAAUCUUCAAACAAUACCGCUGAGCCGAAGAGUGAGUUUUUCCGACCCCGAUUGAAUGGAAAUCAUUCACCUUUGGCCCCUUCGUUUCUGCGGAUUAGUGCACUAAUAUUGGUGGAUACCUAGCCACCGUCAAGUCUGUUGAUAUGGUACGUCUCGGUUUGAUGGGUCAUACCAUUAUAGUUUCUAAUUCGUAUUUCUUAGACAGAGGAGAUGUCUAGCAUCGCCCUCGACGUUGGUAAGUUUCUAUGCGCCGAUUUACUAGGGCCCAAUAGCACAAUUGCAUGUUGAGCUAACCAUCUAACGAUUAUCGUACAGCUAAGAGAGCAAUGAAUAGUAAAACCGUCGAGAAGGUUUGAACAUCUUUGACACCAAACUCUUUACAUUCUCUUACAGUGCCUUUAGGACAUCGCCCAGUAUAUCAAGAAGGAGGUUGGUCAACUCUCAUCGCUUAUCCGACCUUUAAUCCUCCCACACAUGGCUAAUGUUCGUUCUGAAGUUUGACGCCAAAUUCGGCAGCACAUGUACCACCUCCCUUGCGAUUAGUUUUUUGCGGGCAUUACUGAUGAAUUUUAGGGCAUUGUAUUGUCGGAAGAAACUUCGGAAGCUUUGUUACUCAUGGUAGGGAUUUGAUAGAAGUUAUGCUUUCUGAAGGACCGAUACCUAACGCGGAGUUUAGAAACCAAAAAUUUCAUCUACUUCUACGUCGGACACCUCGCAGUCUUGCUUUUCAAGACUGCAUAGCUUAUCUCUUACUUGAUAUGGUCGGUAUCUGGUGGAGAAAAGAAGAGGGCUUGGUAAUAUCCCACCGUUAAUUGGCGAUGGUUAUUCACUAUUCGUUUUUCUUAAUUUCUUUUUCUAUAUCCUUCCGGCGGUUAUGUUUUCGGAAGUUUUUCGGGGUUUGUAGGGCAUCCGUGAUGUGAAACGAUCAAUAAAU